UUUCCCACAAACCCCCGUCCCCUCGCUGCGCCAACGCAACCACUCCGGCAUUCCGCCCCCAUCCAAGCUUCGAGGAGCUAGGGCUUCCCACCCCGAUGGCCGCCCUGAAGCCCUCGCCGCCGCCGGUGCCGGCGGGGAUCGUCGUCGCGGUGCUCGCGCUCGUGCGCGUCGUCCUCACCCUGACGCUGUCGCUCGGCCGCGUCCUCGUCGCGGACGAAGCGCUCCCCUACCUGGGCUUCGCGACUCUGCGGGUCAUCUCCGCGGCCGCGGCUACCAAGGUCGUGGGGAGCCGGGCCUGGGCCGAGGGCUCCGCCCCCGCCGUGUUUCUCCAGGCGCUCACGGGCGGGGUUCUCAAGGCCAGCUUCCUUGUCUUGCAAGCGCUUGGCGCCGUGAUGCUGUGCGGCCAGUUCCUGCUCUACGUGGUCGCAUCUCCAUCUGGAUCCGGUUCAGAGUUCCAGAAGAGAGCCCAUGGAGCUUUCAACAAGGAGUUGAUUAGGGGGGAUCCUCCCCGCACUGCAGUCCUUGGAACGUUCACAUCUACACUCCUCAUCCUGCUAAUUUUAGCUGGUUCUCUGGUGGAAUGCAUGAUGUCGAAAAAGAUUGGUUCUGUGAUUGUGGAUGUGGGGAUAUUUGGUUCCAGUGCGAUAGCUUGCUUUGUUGUCAUUCCAGCUGUAGUACUGACUAACAGGAGGGAGGACCAGAUGUCAAAGAAAAACAUGACUCACGUCGCAAACUGUUGAGGCAUAAUCCUGAAUGGAAGGUGCGGAGACGGGCAAGGCAAAUUACGAGAGCUGACUCUUUGCUGAAGUUUAUGGCCGGUGAUGACUGAUGAUUUCUGGGUUAUAGUUACCCGUAGGCAUGACUGUAGAUUGUUCUACUGCUAGUAUUUCAUACUCCAUGUGUUAGGAGCUCCCGUAAUUCGACAUUGUAGUGUUCUAACGUUUACUUGCUGCUUGGAAGUCUGGAAUACAUGACCAGAUAGUGAGGGGUAUAUAUAACACCCUCCCGGAGGAGAAUGCUUUUCUAGGCGUGUA